CCGUGCCUGAACACUCAACGCCAGACUCCACAGCAUGACAGUGGCCUCACAGGGGACGCCGCCCGAUGAGAGAGGGCGCCCAGGGCAUUCAUUCAUUAAUUGCUCCAAUUCUGAUACUGGGCUCACCGCGACCACACAGAUUGCGGCAGCAAUAACAGAUCUUUGUCUGUUGUUUUCUCUUCGGAGAGGUGGAACUCUGCUCGUUGAAUGUUGCCUCCGAUGGCAACAGAAGAUCUUCGGCCCUGUCGGGAAUGAGUGAAGGAGAAGCAUUUGGAAUGCAUAGUCAGAUCUGCGAUGAGUGACACGUUAUAUAGAUUCCAGCUCUACUCAUGAAACUCACCUCUCUGCUCCAAUGCGGGUGCGUCGCGAUGUGGCCGGAGGAUGCGCCGGAGACGACGCCGGUGCCCCCUCUUGGGAACGUUGCUACCGCGGCGCCCCGUGCCCGUCGCCGCGGCGUGAGACGCAGCUUCAAGCCCUGGAGGCCGUCGCUCUCAGCGAUCUCUGAGCGCGGAUCCACGACGGCGGUGGCGGCGGGGGCGGUCGAUGGAAAAAGGGGUAGUGAUGAGUCGGGCAAGGCGAAGGCUACCGUGUGUCGUCGAGUUCUUCCUCGUUCUCACAGCGAUGAUAACCGGUACAAGGAUGUUUCUUCAGUCAUUUCAGCAAUUAGUCCCACUGCAUAUUUGUUCUAGUGCCUAAAUCAGUCUACAUUUGGGAUCAUAAAGAACAUGUGAUGAAGCAUUAUUGUCUUCUGGGAAGUCAGAUGUAUGUACAUUUUUUUUUCAUAUUCUUAUCGAUACAAAUUAAUUUCGUGUGCAUAUCAGAAUAUCACCAAUUCGAAGUACUGCAAAAUGUAUAUCGGUGUAAAUAUUAGUAGGAACAUAACACAUAAAGAAGCAUAUCGACUAUCUUGAGUUCAUUUGAGAUUGGGAAUUAAAAGUUUGCUAGAGGUUGGUAGA